GUGUGUCUCUUGCGCGUGCAGUACAAUGCGACCUUUUUCAUGAGCUUUCUGGUUGACUUCAUCUUCUUCGUUGAUAUGAUGUUGCAGUUCUGCACUGCCUACACGCGGAACAGACCUUCAGGGCUGGUCUUAGAGGUGCGGCUGCAAAAGAUCGUAACCCGGUACGUGAAGACCUGGUUUCUUUUGGACUUCGUGACUCUGAUUCCUUUCGAUCUCUUCAUGCCCCACGAAACUGAGAACGACCUCCCAGGCUACAGCGGUGUGAAGAUUCUCCGCGCACUGCGCCUUCUGAAGCUCAUACGCCUGGCUCGGCGAUCCCUAUGGAUGGAAGAGCAGGAAGCCUUGCGUUCCAUUCCCUACCAGCAGAUUGCGCUUGCGCGCUUCCUUCUGGUCUUAGGCUUAAUGUGCCACUGGCUUGCGUGCCUUUGGGCGCUAACCUUGGAGCUGGUCGACGAUAAGUUCCCCAAGUGGAUUGAUGAUAUCCAAGCAUCAGACCUCGAGUUCGGAAUUGACACGCGGCAAUCUCCCUACCGCGUCUACGUCGCUUCUUUCUUCUUUUGUGCCUACACUGUCACUUCUGUUGGCUAUGGCGACAUCGCCCCGCAGAAUAUCCUGGAGCGGAUUGUCGGCGCUGUGAUUGUGCUGAUAUCUGGCCUUGCUUGGGCCUACAUCAUUGGAGAGGUUGGUGCUAUCGUGGAUGACCUGACCCAUGAGAGCCAGGAAUUCCGACAGCGGAUGCACCGGCUAAACACGAUGAUGGGAGACCAAGGUUUGGAGCCGGACUUGCAAUGUCGGCUCCGGCGCUACUUCCUGCAAAACAGGUAUCAGUCAGUGUUCAAAGAGAGGCAAGCUUUGAUGGAGCGGAUGAGCCCUCAGCUUCGAGCUGAAGCCUGCAUCGCCAUCAACGGCGUCUGGCUUCAGAAGGUGCCUUUCUUCAAGCAGUUCAUCACCCACAUACAGCAGCUGGAGAGUCUAGAUCGCUACACGGGGCCCGAGGAGGCGUGCGUGGCCGACAUUUCCAAGAAGCUCCAGCUUCAAGCAUUUGCACAGGAAGAGAGUUUUGACAAUAUGCAGGUCCUUUUCAUCCUUUCCCGAGGAAUGCUGGCUGUGUUUUGCCACAAGAGUAAUUUGUUCAUCAACGAUGCCUCUCGCAAGUACGGUUUCAAAGCACCGGGAGAAGUCUGGGGAGAGGACUUCGUAUUGUCGGAUGUCUCUCUCAUCCGUGCGCAGACCGGCUAUGCGCUAACUUACUGUGAGGUCCUUUCGCUCACGCACAAUGAUUUCAUGCAGGUCCUGCAGCGUCGGAGGCAGUCCUGCCCAGAGCUUUGGGAGAUCGCCUCUGAGCAUGCAACUAAAGGAAAGUGA